GCUUGGCAUUUUUCAGUUGCGUGGGUGCUGACACCAACGUCACUGCCGGCCACAGCAUGGAGGGGCUCGCCUGCGGCGCAGCCGAGAGCUGCACGGGGAACAUGACGCAGCUGAGGCAGCAGGGUCACUUCUCCAGGUGUCCGGAGGAGUACAAGCACUACUGCGUCAAAGGGAGGUGCCGCUUCCUCGUGGCCGAGAAGGCGCCAGCUUGCGUGUGCGAGCGAGGCUACACGGGGGCUCGCUGCGAGAGGGUGGACAUCUUCUACCUGCGAGGUGACCGGGGCCAGAUUGUGAUCAUCUCCUUGAUCGCCGCCAUCGUCACCCUCAUCGUCCUCAUCAUCUGCGCCUGCCUCUGCAGUCACCACUGUCGGAAGCAGCGUAGGAAGAGAAAAGCAGAAGAGAUGGAUACAUUGAACAAGAAUUUGCCUUCCAAAAGCGAGGAAGUGCUGGAGACGGGCAUCGCGUGA